UGAUAGAAAUUCAUCGCAGAUUAGCAAGAAUGAUCAUCCAGCCGUAAAAACUUCACUUGAGCAAUCCUCUCCAUACCGAAAUCGAUCACCAGAACAUGCAGGCAGAGGUGAGAAGUCUGUGCUAGACAGAGUUCGCAGCAAGUAUGAUCCUAGAAACCAGUCCGAUCAUCGUCAGGAUCCACAUUCAAGCGAAAAAUUCACUAAUGACCCAAGGCGCUCCAGGGGCCAAAAUAGGUUUUCCAGAGAGCCUUUUUCAAAGCCUAACACAAAUUCUAAGUAUGACUCUGAUCAUAGAAAUCCCAAAAGAUUUGACAGAAAUUACAACUACCCUAGGAGACGAACAAAUAGUAAUGAGAGGAGGAGAAAGACACAGCUUAGACGAUCUCAUUCUCCUGAGCAUCUGCACUCGAAUCGCAACCCAAGAUCAGUCUCACCCUCAAAUCAUAGGAAGUUCCCUCAUAGAUCGAGCCGGAGGAAUGAUAAACAAAUAUCUCACGAAGCAUCUGAAUAUCAAGAUGGAAAGUCACCAGAUCCCUUAACCUCACUACCUCUUUGUUCUCCAAAACACUACGUUGAAUUAUUCUAUGGGAAAAAACUCUCGUCAAAUAAUGUAACUGAUCCAGGUGUUUCAAACUUGGACAUAAAUGAUGAAGAUCGUGCCUUACUUUCAGAAAAGUCACAGUCAGAGAGGGACCCUGUCUUGUCUUGCCCUGAAGAAAUGAUUACAGAUUCUGAGAACCCUGGAAAGUCAAAUCGGGAAGCAGAGUUCCCCCUAAAACCCCCAUCCUUUAGGAACGAAAUUGUAUCUCAUCAGGUUGAAAGAAUCAAAAGAACUUUGAGAAGUGGCCCACCAUUGAGGACAGAAGAAAGAACCCGUGAUGGAAGGCUCUCAUCCUCUGGAUCAAGAACACUUACAAAUGAUAGAAAGUCCAAGAGAACAAAACUUAAUCACGAGUCCCCUUUGAGUAAAGGCAGAUUGGGUGCAAGAGUUUUGGAGAAGAAUAUCGAUGAAGGAAAUUCUAGCCAACCAGAUAUGGAGACAGAGAGGCCUAUAGACCCUGUCUUGGAAGCGAGACGGAAAAAAUUUGAAUGCAAUGAUGUUGUGAAAGUUGUUCCCAAAAAGAUCAAGCUGUCCAACAUGUCCUCAAAACCAGAUCUCAUUCCAAACGAUGAGUCUGAUCUUAGGAAUCUAUUAAUUGCAAAACAUCGAGAGAAAUCCAUAUCAACAGCUUUGUAUUUGGAAGAAAAGACCAGUGUGUUACAAAAUCUGUAUAAUUCAGGUGCUGUCAGUCCUCCCAAUAUGCAUCCAGAUCUAUCUUCCCUCGAGGAAACAAUAACCCCAACUGAAGAACCACCGCCAGUCUCAUGCCAUAAACCAGUUGAUUUCCCCUCAACUCAUAAGAAUGAUGAAGCUGUGGAGUCUAAAGGAAGUGAAGAAGUUAGGGUAAAAGUUGAAAUUGAAACAGAAUUUAGUGAAUCGCUCGAUUUGAACCCUACUGAUAGCUCAAACAUGAACAUGAAUUUGAAUCUAGAUCAACCCCCUGCGCCUCAUAUCUCAGAGAGCUUACCCAAUGCAUCUAAUUAUCCAACGUGUGACUUUAGCUCUGAAACAGAAAAUAUUCCUGUCUUUGAAUCAGCCGACUACGCUGCCGCUAAAGCUAUCAAAAAAGAACCAACAUUUGCUGAAAUAGAAGAGAAUUUUAAACCUCCAGCAGAAAAACCUAUAAUUGAUGAACCAGAACUCAUUCCGCAACAACCAGAUAAACCGGAAGUAUCUAUACCUGCUGGACCAGUACUAAAGAUCAAGCCUCUGACAGAAUUAUUGGACAAGAAAGUUUUGAAGAAGGUUAAAAAGAGGAAGAAAGAAGAAAAAAGAAGUGCAAAAAAGAAAAAAAAGAGGGCAAAAUCCAAAGAAAGGGAUAGAGAGAGCUAUGCUGUAAAGCUUUCAAAACGAGCAACCAAAGUUUCUAGCCAGAAAGUCACAAGAAAAGCAUCUUUUCCUACCCGAAUAGUCAGAUCGGCACUAGAAGAAGCACUAGGAAAGAAAAAGCGUAAAGUUUUCAAUGAAGGUGAAGAUGUCCCAUCAACUAAUUUAGAACUUCACUCAAGCAAAGAUCACCGGAAAGUACUGAUUCUUGAUGAGUCCCCCAUUGAUGAACCCAAUGAAGACUUCAGUCCACCCAUCCAAGCAGCUGCUGAAACAGAAAGUGGAGAAGAAAAACUUCUCGAGGAAAUUGAAGAAGAUUUGGAUAAUGAUACUCUUACUUUCCGAUUAUCAUCGAAGACUCCAUUAUAUAACUCCAAAAAAGCAAAGAAAACUCCAGAUAUCUACAAGAUGAUCCAGCUGAACCAGAUGUGACUGAGAACAUUACAUAAAUGACAGAGCAAUCCAGGAAAUCUCAGAAUGUCUACCUCUUUGCAUUAAUUUUGAUCAAUUUUCAAUUAAAAGUUACUUUUUUUUGUCGCGAUUCUUCAAGUUUUAUUUAUUAGCUAAAGAAACACAAUAUCUUUUAUUUUAUUUUUUGUUAAGGUCAAUAGUCUUUUCUAGGGCAGAUGUUUGUCUGUUUUAGAAAUUAAGAGUAUGAUGUAAAAUUAAUUUCCAUGUUCUGGUCAGUACUUUAAUGGCAUCCCAAAAUUUUAUGAACCAUUUGGCCAGGAAGCUUAAGUUUUAGGCACCAUCCUUUAUGUCUUAGAGGCCAUAGAAGCCGUAAGAAAUUUUGAUAGUAAAACCAAAAAUUUUGUACGGGGUAAGAUCGCAAAAGAAUUCAAGGCUGCAUUUUUAAUGUAAUGGAUGGCACAGCGUUCCUUAUUUUCAGGUGUUCAAGCCUGAUUGUUACACGCAUUUGGCACAUCUGGCCGAAUAAAGUUAAAACACUGGUUCUAGUAUUUGAGGAUUUUGUGAUAUUACUCCAUUUAAUUUAUCUUUUCUUUUUUUCUUUCUUCAUUAUCUUUAUUGAAAUUCAUUGACUCAAUGGUGAGAUAUUUUCAUUUUUAUCUCGAUAAUUAAGGAUAUUUCAAAUUAAUGCAGGAUACCUUUCAGGUGUUAUAAUUAUUUUGUCUUCUGUGAAGAGAAUUUUGUUCAGAGUUCAUGUGCAAAUAGCAUGCUCUUUAUCUUUUGUAUUAUCUGUUUUUGUUUGUAGUAUGUGUUUAUGGUACGGUUUUAAAAAAAUAACUAUAGGCUCUCUUUUCAUAUUUUGUUCAUGACUCAAAUGAAAUUUGAUUGAAGGCAAUUUAAAUGAAUUUUUGAGACUAAUUUUUCAAUUUGUUGACCCCCGUUCUCUCCUCUCUUUCUCUACUAUAACUCUUUGACCAUGCACAGUUGUACUUACUCUGAAAAAUAUGAUAAAAUGGAGCCCUUUUAAAUAAUGAUCUUGAUAAUUUUCCUCUCAGAAAUUGCCCCUUUUUCAACUAGAAAAAUUCUCAAGAAUCGCCAAAGCGAAUAAAGAAAGGUGGUCCCAUUUCGAGAUAAGCUGCCAUUUAAAAGGCUGUGACGUGCAGAGGGUACAUGCUUUGCUAUGCAAUUAGGAUGUACCCGAAACGUACCCGAUGCCAUGUGACGUCGAGAGGGUACGAAAUGCGACCACCAUUCUUUAUCCGCCUUGAAGAAUUGCAUCUUACUUCAUCGUUUUUCUCACUUUCUGUAUUAAAAUUCAAAACUAUCACAGUUUCGAUCAGUGCCAAAUAAUAAUCACUUACUAUCUUUUUUUUUUAUAGAUUUUAAAUUUUUACGUACUUCAAGGUUUUCAUUUGAUGUAGAAAUUUAUGUAAAUCUCAUACCUUCAAAAGUACAUGUGGAGCAGAAGUGAUAAAUAAUAGUGUUAAAGUUAUUAUGUGAGGAAUGAAGUGUAAUGAUUAGCACUCCCUGUUCCAAAUAAUGAUGGUAAAUGGAGGUAGAAACACAAAAAUCGAUUAUUCCAUUUCAUGAAGAAAUUAAAUACAAUAUUGUGCAUUUCAUGUCAAUUUAUUUCAGUUUGAAUUUUUACUAAAUACUAACCUCCAAUGUUACUUCAUAUAAUAGAAGUUUGUAAAAGAGCAUCAAGCUAAGAAAAUCUGAGGUCUCAUUUUCUUUCUUUGAUUCAUAUAAAAUCACCAUCCAUACUUGAGACUUAAGCUAACUCUAGCUGAUUAUUUUAAUCGGUAAAUGUACAAGUUUCCACCAAGCUCAGUUUAUCUGAGGCGUUUCAGUCAGCCACGAUAGUACUUCAAAAUUAUUUGCAUCAAAAUGAUUUUACUCAACCGGAGAAGAGGUUUAAAUACGUAAGGACAAACUAAAUAAUUGUCCAAAAAAAAAAAAAAACUAUCCUUAGAUUGAAUUCAAUAAUGACUUUUUCAAUAAGUAUGUGGUGAUUAGCUGAUAGCAUCAUUAGCAGCCAACAACAAUCAAUUCUAAGUAUAUCAGACUGAUUGUUCAGAAUCCUCAAGUGAAGUAUGUACUUGGAGAAUUUUCUCGUCACUGAAAUAAGUUUAUGUCCCAAAUAAUCCUCCAAAUUUAAGGGCUGAGCAUUUUUGCCGAAAAAGGAAUCUUUCUUUUUUCUUUUUUUCAUUACAAUUGGACAGGCUUAACGCGAAUCAGCCCAACAACUUCGGAUGAUUGCCUGAUUUUCUCUGGCAUCUUAUUUUUUCGCAUUUUUUCAAUAGAGAACGAAGCGACACCGUAAAUUAAUUUUUUUUUUUUUUAUUUCUUCAUAAUCUAGAGUAAAUUUGCUGAGUCUAAAAUUCUAAGUUCAGAGUCCAUUAAACAUUGAAAGGCGUCAAGGGAGUGUAGUUCUCUGUUAAAAAAAAUAAAACAGGAGAGAAUGUUAGGCGUGAACUGCACCAGGUUUGAUUUAGGAAUCUGUCCAAUUUAUUUAUGUCUGCAUCAAUCUUGAUUGUUAUAUGUACUAAAAGUUUGGAAUUUAAUCAAUAAAUUGUUAUUUUUUGAUGAAAA